UCAAGCUGACAAUGAGAAAGACAAGAAUUAUAGUGAAAAUGGACCACAGGAGAGAGAUAUUUUACAACAUCACUCGAAGAUGGAAUCUCAUAUUUCAUUACUAGGUAAGCACAGUGAAGAACAAAGAAAUACCCUGGAACACCACCAAAAGCUUCUCACACUGGAGAGAGCCGAACGAAAUCGCAGCUUUGAACGAAUACAAGAACUUCAGUCAACGCAGAGAGAAAAUCAAAUUCGUCUUAUAGAGAAAGAUGAAAGCAUAGCACUUCUAGAAAGAGAAGUUGAGAGUCAGAAAGRUACAGUUCGUCAACUCCAACAAGAGCUAACACAAGAGCGUGAAUCGUCGACCCUGAUGCGAAAAGUUCAAUCCGACUUAGCYCAAGUGAGYCGAGAGUUUGACGAGGAAAAGAUUGUACGCGGGAUCCGCGACAAACAGCUACAGGACAAGCAGGCCGAGCUUGAAGAAAUWAGGAGGUUGUUUUCUGAGGAGGGAAGCGCAAAGCGAAGYUUAGAAGAAGAGCUUCAGCGAAUGCAAAACACUUGUGUUCAACACAUGGARGAACUUGAGAACCAACGAUUAUUUCGACAAACGCAGGAACACGAGCUGCAGGGAAGAGAYGACAGACUACGCGCGAGUGAGCAGCGCUACCAAGAUGAGCGCUCCACAAGAUUAAACCUUGAAGAUCAACUUCGACGCCUUCGACUCGAAAACGAUGAAUUGCGUUGCUCGAGGGAGUCGACUGAUAAUGAACUUGUACAAGAACGACGUCGAAGACGAGAAGAAUCSGACUCUUUUGCUCAGGAGCYACAAUCUUACGAACAACGACUACGAGAGAGCCUAAGUUCRCUUGKAGACAGCGAGCGCAGAAUACAAGAGCUUCAGACAACCGUGAACAACUCYCAAAGUAUUCUUGAUGACCAUCGUCGAAUAGAYCCACGUGACUGGAUAAUUCGACGGGAGGAAGUGACGCUUARAGACGUAUCACUUGGCAACGGUGCCUGGGGAACGGUCAAGGUCGGGAUUUUUCGAAGCUGUAAAGUAGCAGUUAAGCAAAUCCACGAACUUAUUCUGUCACCACAUAAUCGAAGGCUUUUUGAGCGAGAAAUGAGUAUAGCUGCACGCUGUAGACAUCCCUGUCUGCUCCAAUUCAUUGGCGCCACGAACGAUGACGGCAAUCAAAAGCAAGACAAUUCUCAAGAAUGCGAAAUAGGUGUAAAAAUACCGAAAAACAGAAAAGACAUGGUAGCUUUGAUCAUCAAUCAGAACGAAAUGAUAAAUGAUGGUAAAAGAAAAUUGGAAAAUGUUAUUGAGGAAAACGACGAUGCUUUAAGAAGAUUAGAAGAAAGAAUUCACCAGGCCAUUCCUGAAAGCAACGAUGAAGCCACUGAAAGCUACAUAACCAUGAAUAGAGAUGUAAUGAGCAGAAUUGAGAGUCUGCAAAAUAAACUAAAAGGGAAAAAAAGUCUUCUUGAACACAAUGAAGUAUUAUCAAAGCUGCUUCGGGAGUUUAUGAAUUACACUGUGAACACUGAUCAUGAGCUAGACGAUGAAGAACUGGCCGAGCUUGAAGAAAUAAGGAGGUUGAUUUCUGAAUUGCGUUGCUCGAGGGAGUCAACUGAGGAUGAGCUUGUCAUAGAACGACGUCGAAGUCAAGAGGAAACGGACUCGUUUGUUGAGCUUGUCCAAGAACGACGUCGAAGACGAGAGCAAUCGGAUUCGUUUGCUCAAGAGCGACAAUCAUAUGAACAACGACUUCGUGAGAGUGAAAUCGUCCUUGAACGAAUACAAGAAGAAAUUCAGUUGGCGCAGAGCGAUAAUCAAAGCCGUCUAAUGAAGAAAGAUGAAAGUAUAGCACUUCUAAAAAGAAAAGUUGAAAGUCAAAAAGCUACAGUCCGUCAGCUGCAACAACAGCAGGUCGAGCUUGAAGAUCAACACCAGCGCCUUCAACUUGAAAACAGUGAAUUGCGUAGCUCGAGGGUAUCGACUGAGAAUGAGCUUGUCCAAGAACGACAUCAAAGACGAGAGGAAUCGGAUUCGUUUGCUCAAGAGCGACAAUCAUAUGAACAACGACUUCGAGAGAGUGUAAGCAGCUUUGUACGAAUACAAGAACAACUUCAGUCGGCGCAGAGAGAAAAUCAAAGCCGUGUUAUGGAGAAAGAUAAAAGUAUAGCACUUCUAGAAAGAGAAGUUAAAAGUCAGAAAGUUACAGUCCGUCAACUGCAACAAGAGCUGACACAAGAGCGUGAAUCGUCGUCCCAGCUAAAAAACGUUCAAUCCGACUUAGUGGAAGUUAGGCGAGAGUUUGGCGAAGAAAAGGUUUUACGCGGGAUACGCGAUAAACAGCUACAAGACAAGCAGACAGAACUUGAAGAAAUAAAGAGGUUGCUUUCUGAGGAGGGAAGUGCUAGGCAAAGAUUAGAAGAAGAGCUUAAGCGAAUGCGAAACGCUUGUGCUCAACACUACCGAGAUGAGCGUUCCACAAGAGUAAACCUUGAAGAUCAACUUCGGCGCCUUCAACUUGAAAACAGUGAAUUGCGUUGCUCGAGGGAGUCGACUGAGAAUGAGCUUGUCAAAGAACGACGUGAAAGACGAGAGGAAUCGGAUUCGUUUGUUCAAGAGCUACAGUCAUAUGAACAACUACUUCUGGAGAGUAAAAUCGUCUUUGGACGAGUACAAGAAGAACUUGAGUCGGUGCAGAGAGAAAAUCAAAGCUGUCAAAGGUUAGAAGAAGAGCUUCAGCGCAUGCAAAACGACUGUGUUCAGCACAUGGAUGAACUUGAGAACCAACGAUUGCUUCUACAAACGCUUGAACACGAGCUGGAGGAAAGAGAAGAGAGUCUUCAAGCGAGUGAGCAGCGAUACCAAGAUGAGCUCUCCACAAGAUUAAACCUUCAAGCUCUACACGAGUGGCUUCGACGUCGAAGACGAGAAGAAUCGGACUCUUUUGCUCAGGAGCGACAAUCUUACGAACAACGACUACGAGAGAGCGUAAGUUCCCUUGCCAACAGCGAGCGGAGAAUAUUAGAGCUUCAGACAACCGUGAACAGCUCACAAAGUAUUCUUGAUGACCAUCAUCUCAUAGAGCCACGUGAUUGGAUAAUUGGACGGGAGGAAGUGGCGUUAACAGGCCAAUUACUUGGCAACGGUGCCUGGGGAAAGGUCGAGGUCGGGAUUUUUCGAAGCUGUAAAGUAGCAGUUAAGCAAAUCCACGAACUUAUUCUGUCACCACAUAAUCGAAGGCUUUUUGAGCGAGAAAUGAGUAUAGCUGCACGCUGUAGACAUCCCUGUCUGCUCCAAUUCAUUGGCGCUACGAAUGAUGACGGUGUCCCUUUGUUUAUCACUGAACGUCUCGAUGGUGACCUUCGUGCGGUGUUAUCGCGUCGAUCGCUGCGACCAAAAGAAAUUAUCACUAUUGCUCUAGAUGUUGCGCGUGCACUCAACUACCUCCAUCUCAGCAAACCAUUUCCCAUCGUUCAUCGCGAUAUUAGUAGCUCUAAUGUGAUGCUCUGGAAACGGGAUACAUGUUGGCGUGCCAAGCUGUCCGACUAUGGUGCUGCUAAUUUCAUGCGUCAGUCCAUGACCGUGAACCCUGGGGCGGGUAUAUAUGCUGCACCGGAGGCCUCGACAUCUCAACAAUCUCCUAAGGUAGGAUUUUCUUUCAAUCUCUUCUGCUAUUCAAAAUUAUAUAAAUGGAUCAAUUCAGUCGGCCGAGAUUUGACAUGA